GAAGCUAUCCCGAGAAGUCCAGAGUAUCGAACCAUGCAGUCAAACGCCGGCACAACGGCGAGGUGGGACCAGAGGUCUGCAUCCAUCAGCUCCAGGCCUGGCAGCCGAAAGUUGUCAUUCUUCGAACGGGACACACUGUCGUCGUGGACACCACAUGAGCACAUAAGAGCCGACCGACCAGUCUUCCAGGACUCCAGCAGGUCACGCACAAUGUCUGUGCACGACAUCCCGCCAUCCAUCUCCAGAAACAUUGGCAUCAAGUGGGAGAACGAACUGUUCGUCAGGCCACACACAAGAAAAAUUCUCGUCCUCUUCAUGCUGCUGAUAGUAUCCGUCGUCCUGUUCCUUUACUACUACCUUCGUCACACAGAGGGUGAUGUGAUCACUGUGGACGCCAAAUCUGGUCGGUACCGAGGCACAAAAAAUAAAUUUCAGGGAAUCCCUGUCAUCAGCUUUUUGGGCAUCCCUUUCGGAAGAAACACCACCGGUCAGAACAGGUUCCGCCGGUCACGUGCUGUCCACUACGUGGGAGGAGAGGAGGUGUUAGAUGCUACACGUCACAAGCUACCCUGCACUCAAGGACGAAUAGGAGCAGUUCUCCAGCCUUACAACGAGACCACUGAGGACUGCCUCCACUUGAACUUGUGGACGCCCUCCUUGCCCCAACCGAGGCACGUGAAGAAGACAACGCUUGUGUUCUUCUAUGGAAUCGCCUUUAAGUGGGGAUCCAACACAGAUUACGACGCCUCUCCUCUGUGUGCUCUAGGGGACGUCAUCGUCGUUGUGCCUAACUAUCGACUGCACGCGCUUGGCUUUCUCGGUGACGGCUCUGACGAUGCUCCAGGAAACGUGGCUCUCUACGACCAGCUGUUAGCGCUCGACUGGGUGCUUCAAAAUAUCGUGUCCUUCGGUGGUAACACGUCUUCAAUAGUCCUGCACGGCUACGAGGCUGGUGCAGUGUCCAUCGGUUAUCACAUCCUGUCUCCCGUCAAUACCUGGGCCAAGACAUUUACCAGACUCAUCCUACAGAGUGGAUCGUUCUAUCGUCCAUAUAGGAGAAGCACGACGCCAUCUGAGGUUAUGAAGAUAUUGGGAUGUGAGCGCGGUGGAUGGCCCUGUCUUCGGGUUAAGGACGCGAGAAGCUAUAGCUCCCGAGCCAUGUACCAGAAGUACGACUUCGACGUACUGUUCUACUCCGACUAUCUACCAUAUAGUCUCCAGAAUUUGAUCAAACUUUAUCCCAUAAAAGGAAAACAGGUACUACUGGGAAAUGUUCUGGAUGAAGGCAGAUUUCAGGUGGAAAUGUACAAGUUAGAGAUGGGCUUCACAACGGACAUUGAUGCCGAAGCACUGGUGACGCUGUACGCGCGAGAAGAAUUGCAGGCUGUGGACAUACACGACUUCGACCCCAUUCGCAAGCUCUAUGCCAACGACUCUGUCUGGGAAAGUGAUGUGGGUAACGAAAUCGCCAAAGAUAUUUUGGGAGAUGUUCUCUUCAACUGCCCUGUCAGGUAUCUCGCCUCUCACCUGGCAUCCCAUGGAAGCAGUGCUUACGUGUACCUUUGGUCCCAUAAGCCAUCAUUUGGACCUUGGUCUUUGGAGGAACUUGGCCCGAUGUUAUACGAUGACCUCGGCUUCGUUUUCGGCAAGCCCCUUCUGGAAGAGAGUUUGGCAACGAAACAGGAGCGAGCCCUUAGUCGGAGUACUAUUGCGCUCUUCACGGAUUUUGCCAAAACAGGCACCUUGCCACUCGUUCACGGAGCGCCCUGGCCACCUCAUAGCAGAGAGAACCCUGUGGCAGUGGCGAUCACUGCAGGGGGUUUGAAAACGCUGCAAGCCACCUCCAUGGACAAGUGUUCCAAAUUGUGGCAGUACAUUGUUCACGCCUGAGCUGAGUAGGCACCAUUGCCAGCGUUAUCAACAAAUGCUUAAUGCUCUUCAUAUUGCAAACUUUGUACAUACUAUACAUGAAUACUUGAAUGUCUGCCAAUAAAUAUAUGGGGUGUGGAAUA